UAUCUAACUCUUUCUUAUUAUUUACAUCAUCCUAAAAGAUCCAAUCAAUUCAUCGGUAGUGUUACACAAUCAUCAUCGUCUUCCUCUGAAAGUGAAAACCCUAACUCUAUUCACACCAAUCAAAUCAGAGGAAACCCUAAUUCCUUCUCUGGCUGAGCUGUAAUGGGAGCGAGUCGGAAGCUACAAGGCGAGAUAGAUCGGGUGCUGAAGAAGGUUCAGGAAGGUGUUGACGUCUUCGACAGCAUCUGGAACAAGGUCUAUGAUACGGAUAAUGUUAACCAAAAGGAAAAGUUUGAGGCUGAGUUGAAGAAGGAGAUCAAGAAGCUGCAGCGGUAUAGGGACCAGAUCAAGACUUGGAUUCAGUCUAGUGAGAUCAAAGAUAAAAAAGUCAGUGCAUCAGAUGAGCAAUCCCUGGUUGACGCUCGGAAGCUCAUUGAGCGAGAAAUGGAGAGGUUUAAAAUAUGUGAGAAAGAGACCAAGACAAAAGCAUUCUCUAAGGAAGGACUGGGUCAGCAACCUAAAACUGACCCAAAAGAGAAAGCAAAGUCAGAGACAAGAGAUUGGUUGAACAAUGUGGUGAGCGAACUCGAGUCGCAGAUUGAUAGCUUUGAAGCUGAGUUGGAAGGACUAUCUGUCAAAAAAGGAAAGUCAAGGCCGCCCAGAUUGACACAUCUUAAGACAUCUAUCACAAGACACAAGGAUCAUAUAAUAAAGUUGGAAUUGAUAUUGAGGCUUCUGGACAAUGAUGAAUUAAGUCCAGAACAAGUAAAUGACGUCAAAGAUUUUCUGGAUGAUUAUGUUGAACGAAAUCAGGAUGAUUUUGACGAAUUCAGUGAUGUUGAUGAGCUCUAUAGCACGUUGCCACUAAAUGAGGUGGAGGGUCUUGAAGAUCUAGUAACCGCUGGCCCCCUCGUCAAGGGUACUCCUCUGAGCAUGAAGAGUUCUGUGGCAGCGUCAGCAUCUCAAGUUCGGAGCAUAAGUCUGCCAACACACCAUCAGAGCACUUCUCAAGAGAAGACUGACGAUACAACUUUACCGGAUAGCAAUUCUGAGACACUUCCAAAAACCCCUCCCCAAAAGAAUGGGGCCCUUCACUCAGCACCAUCAACACCCGUUGGGGAACGUCCAAGUUCGAAUGUGCCUGUCAGUAGUGUUCCUAAUGCACCAGUUGCUUUAUCAACUUCCGUUCCUGUUCAGACUUCCACAGAAAGGAUGGGAAGUUUGUCUACAGUGGCGGCCAAGGAAGAAGAUGCAACAACCUUGCCUUCCCGUAAACCAACCUCAUCUGUUGCUGAUGCUCCACCGAGGGGCAUUGGUAGAGUUAAUUUCCCCACCCAGCCUCAACUGAGUCAGCCUUUGUCUCCAAGUGCAGCUAACGGCACUGGUGCGACUUCUUCAGCAGCUGAAAUUGCAAAGAGAAAAAUAAUGGGAGUUGAGAGCAAUGUCCAACCUCUAACCUCUCCGCUCAGCAAAAUGGUACUACCACCAGCUGCGAAGGGUAAUGAUGGAACUAUCUCUGAUGGUAACCCUGGUGAUGUUGCGGCAAGCAUCGGUAGAGCUUAUUCACCGUCUAUUGUAUCUGGUUUGCAGUGGAGGCCUGGGAGUCCCUUUCAGAGUCAGAAUGAAACGGUCCGUGGAAGAACUGAAAUAUCACCAGAUCAAAGGGAGAAAUUCUUACAGCGGUACCAGCAAGUACUAUCCGAAAGAAACGAGAAGCAGUUUUCUUCACAACAGCAAAAUCCGCUUUUACAGCAGAUGUAGAUCAUGCCAGAAAGGAAAGUUUGAGUUCUCAACGUCAAAGGACCAAACUUGUUGACAAUUGCAGCAAAGCUAUAGUUAGACUAAAAGAGUCGGAACUUGAUCAUCAAACAAAACUUACCAUAGAAAAGCUGUCCCUGAUGAACGGAGACACAGUCCAUUCACUCGUUUCCUGAAAUCAAUCAGAAUCAUUAAUCAUCUUCAGUAUAGAUCUGUGUAAUACAGAUUGAUGCUGGAUGCGUAAAAUACCAAAUUUUUCGUAAGUGAGCCUGCGCAAUGGUGGCAUCUGAUCUCGGUCUCAUGGUUUGAAUCCACCAUUUUUUCUUAGUAGGAAGAAGAAGAAGAGUCCAAGAAGCUGCUUUCGGGUCGUGAAGGGUUUCUGCUCUCUGUUUUGCUUCUUCCUCUGUUUUUGGACAAGACGAAGUCCACCAUAAUUUUUGCGUCCCUGAAAGUUUUGUAGAAUUUUGAUUUUACCCACAAUAAUUUUGUUGGCCCGCCUAAGCAUUACAAUUCUGUAAAUUGAAUUCACAUGAAAAAGAUAUACAAAACUUUGCAUUAAA